GCAGCUUCCAGCCAGGACCAGGCCAGGCAGCAGCCUCCAGCCUGCUCCCCGGCAGCCGCAGGGCUGUGCGCACGCCUGGCCCUGCUGCUGCCCCACUGGGGCCAGUGCCACCACCCUCCUUACCCACUUCAGCAGACUUGGUGCCAUGGUAAAUAGCAAUUAAGGCCCAGGGCAUGAAUCAGCCAGGGACAGUCCCUGGGAGCAGGCUGGGGCAGGAAGGGACAGCAGUGCCACACCACACCUGUGACCCAGCCACCCUCCCACGCACCAAGCCCCGGGGCGAGCAGUGCCCCGGGCACUGCUGCAGCCCUGGCACGGCUGAGGGUGGGAACUGGGUGAUUGUUGGGAGUGCCACUGCUGCCGUGCUGUGAGGGGCUGUUGCCUCUGCAGCCCCCAGCCUGGCUGCGUGUGCCCAUGCCCCAGGGACAGCUGGGGCACAGCACAGGGCAGGCAGCAGGCUGCUGAUGCUGUGCCCUCACGCUGGGCACUGUCUGGGCUCUGUUCUUCCUUCUGAGCUCUGUGAGCUGCUCAUGGGGCACGGCGAGGAGAGCUGGGCCAGUGCCUGAGACAGAGGACAGGGCUGAGCUGGAGGGGCUCGACAGGGGCAGUGCAGGGCCCAUGCUGGUGUGAGCUGGGGGUCAGGACUGGCACAGCCCAUGCUGGUGUGAGCUGAGGGUCAGGACUGGCACAGCCCAUGCUGGUGUGAGCUGGGGGGUCAGGACUGGCACAGCCCAUGCUGGUGUGAGCUGGGAGUCAGGACAGGCACAGCCCAUGCUGGUGUGAGCUGGGGGGUCAGGACUGGCACAGCCCAUGCUGGUGUGAGCUGGGGGGUCAGGACUGGCACAGCCCAUGCUGGUGUGAGCUGGGAGUCAGGACAGGCACAGCCCAUACUGGUGUGAGCUGGAGGGGUCAGGACUGGCACAGCCCAUGCUGGUGUGAGCUGGGGGGUCAGGACUGGCACAGCCCAUGCUGGUGUGAGCUGGGAGUCAGGACAGGCACAGCCCAUACUGGUGUGAGCUGGAGGGGUCAGGACUGGCACAGCCCAUGCUGGUGUGAGCUGGGGGUCAGGACUGGCACAGCCCAUGCUGGUGUGCUGCACGGGGGUGAGCUGGGAGCCGGCCGGGGGCAGCCCUCGGUGCCCCGGGCACGGCAGCGCGGCCGGGGCAGGCCCAGCGCUGGCUGCGCGCAGCAGAGGCGGCCGCGGGCGCAGCUCCUCCCCGGCUGCCGGAGCUGAUUGGCGCGGCCAUGGCGACCUGCCCCGGGCUGCUGCAUUUGAGCGGCUUCCAAGAGCUGCCGAACCAGACUGGGGAGAGCCCGGCCCGGGCCUGGCCCUGCCCGGCCCGCAGCUGGCAGCCGCUGCCCGCUCCGCUCCUGCCGCCCUGCGCCCCUUGCCCGCACCCAGCUCGCUGCCCUCGCCGCCGGAGCACGGCAGGUCGGUACCGCGGCGGCGCCGGGGAGGAGGAAGAGGAGGAGGAGGAGAAGAAGGAGGAAGUGGCUGUUGGAUGCUCCCUGCGCUGCCCGCCCUGCGGUGCCCCGUUGGUGAGGGUGAUGGGGACACGGCCUGCUCGGGGAGGGCAUCUCAAAACAUACCAGGGGGCUUAUAAGGCGCCGAGUGGAUGCUGCUGUCACUGAACCCUUCUGGCAGCCCUGCUGAAGGCCACCUCCUGCCCUGGAGCUGCGCUGACGUCCCACACCCCGCCCCGAGGGCACCUGGGGGGCAGUGGGUGGCAGGGGCGGCUGUGGAGCAGCCGCUGCCAUGGAGCCGGCAGCAGGCGAGGACGCAGAGCCUGACCUCCAGCUGGUGCAGGCAGCCAGCGGGGAUGGCAGUGCCGGGCAGUGGGGCGAGAGUGACUCUCUGAAGUCAGGGCACCCUGAGCAGGAGCCUCCUCAGCCCCGCAGGGAGAUGCCCGCUGCCGCCAGGAGCUGCUGGAGCCCACCCCCAGCAGAGGAUGGAACGGAGCCGCUCCUGCCCGGGCAUGACAAGCUGCCGGCCCACGGUGCCUCCUCGCCUGCGGGGCAGGACCCUCCUGCCGCCUGCAGCACCAGCCCCAGCCUGUGCCCUGCGCUGCGGGGAAGGUCGCCCAGCCUGGCAAGUGCCUCCGGCUCCAUCCUGAGCUUCUCCGGCGAGGACGAGGAGACCUGGAGCGCCGAUUCGGCGGCGGCAGAGCCGUGCCACGUGGCGGCGGGCGGCGAGGACGAGUGCCCCAUCUGCACGGAGCCCUACGACGAGCAGCGGCACAAGCCGGCGCUGCUCAACUGCGGGCACGGGCUGUGCCGCGCCUGCCUGCGGGCCAUCAUGGACGCGGCCGGCGCCGCCGACUUCGGCCGCGUCCGCUGCCCCAUCUGCCGCCAGAAGACGCCCAUGCUGGAGUGGGAGAUCUGCAAGCUGCAAGAGGAGCUGCUGCUGCUGCACGCCCAGCCCAGCUCCCCCGCGGCCCUGGCCACCCCCCGGCCCCCCGCCCUGCCGCCCCGGCGCCCCGGCCUGGCAGGUGCCCUGGAGCAUCGCUUCCAGGUGCGCUUCCACACCAGCCGCAUGUUCGGCUGCCUGCCCUGCGUCCGCUACCCGCCCUGCCUCAUCCGCCGCCUGGGCUGGCUGCAGAGCCGCUGCCGCUGCUGCUACCUCCUGCUGCUGGCGCUGCUGCUGCUGGCAGAGACGCUCAGCUUGCUCCUCAUCUUCCUCCCCGUUGUCCUGAUGGUGCUGCUCUUCCUCAUCCUCGACAACUAGCGCUGGGCUUGUGCCUGCGGGCUGGGCCGCGCACGGCGAGAGGAGCCCUGCUCCCGCUUCGCCCCUGGGGCUGCUGCUGGGUCCUGAUGCCAGCCUGGGAGCCAGCUUACGAACCCGGGUGCCCAGGAUGCCCCAGUGCUGCUGGUGAGCCCCAAGUGGUUGAGGCAGUGAAGAAGCCCGAGCAGGCAGCCAAGGGAGGCACUCCUGGAGCUGGGCAUUACCUGCUUCCCACGGGGCACCGCAUCACACAUGGCUGCAGCAGCCAAGGGCAGAUGGAAUGGGAUCCCUUCCUGCACUGGGGACCUGUCCCCGGCACAGGGCUAGGGCAGAGCAAGGCUGUGCCGUGGGCUGAGCUGCCAAUGGCCAGCACAGACCCAAAAUACAGCUCUUGUUUUUACCACA